AUGGAACUCAACGACUUGCAUCCGCCUGACGACUACAGCCACAGGUUCUUCAUCUGGCAUGAGUGGAUUCAGGCGAAUGGCCCUCUCACAAACGAGAAUGUGUUCGAUUACUUCGCCACAUCAAUGUUCUAUGACAAGCAGAGCAAUAAUCAGGUGUUGCGCAUGCAGACGAUGCAUACCGGCGUCCCUCUGGAGAAUGAAGCAGAGGAGUUACGGCGAUUCACGGGCAUAGAAUUUGCUGUGGUGCAUUCCCAACCACCUGGCCUUUUCAUCAUUCAUAAACGCGAACGUCUGUCGCCGAAUGAAGUGCGACCGCUGGUAGCCUACUUCAUCAUGAACAAUCGAAUCUAUCAGUCUCCGGAUGUCUAUACUCUAGUCUCCAAUCGCCUUCUCACCUCACUACAAGCUCUGCAAACCUCGCUUGAUAUCCUCCGCUCUCGCAGACCGAGCUACACCCCUCGGACCGGAUUCGUGUGGCCGAUCGUCGAAUCGUCCGACCCCUUGAAACGGGCAGCAGAAAGCAAUGAUGAGCGUGCUGCCACGCAGGGCACGGAGCCGCAAUCGCAAGAGGGGGGGCCCUCUUCAUCUCAAUCCAAGCGCCUCAAGCCCUCAGCGAACCCUCGGCAGCAGAACAACAUGCUUCUCGUCAAUGCCAUACGGACGACAGCACUACACGCGACAGAGUCAUUCUCACUGCCUGCUGCCGUACCUCCUGAGAGUACUCCGGCUGCACUUGAGAGUCAAACACCGGGUGCCGGAACUGGUCCCACGCCUGGCGCAAGGAGUGCCGCGGCCACCCCGGCGCCCGCAACGAGAGUGGCGACACCGAUCGGCACCAAGAGAGCAGGGUCGCCGUUGGAGAGGGAGCCCACGAAGGGACAACCGGGAGCAGGAAAGAAGAAGAAACGACGUAAGUCGACAUGCGCACCAAGGGUCAGCAAUUGACGGGUUUCUGUUGUCAGGAACCGCUACCUCGAGCAGUACCUCAUGACACGGCUCGGACCGUUUUCAGUCCAGUCGUAUCGACUAGACUCCGUUGCGAGUUCUCACACGGUGCCUCCGAAUAUUGAGUCCCCUAGAGUAGGAUCGUCGACUACACCGCGAGUCUCCAGCAGGAGUCUGUUCCUCGUCCUGUCGGAGGUGAGCGAGCGAGACAUCGUGUUCUAGUCGGUAUGUGACAAGAACGCCAUUGGAGGCCACUGGGUCGUAAUCAUGUUUGAUAACGAGUCGUGGCACGCACUUCGAAAUACAUUGUUGUGUUCGUCGGUCAUACGGUCAAUGACAUGGACAUACGUCUCAUGCAGAUCCCCUGUACUAGUACAUCAUAGCUUCGGAUAGGGUGCAUCCUGAACGGGGCCUACUUCGUACCUACUCCCGCCAGCUUCUCUGUCAACCAACCAAGACUAGGCAAACCACUGCCUCUUGAGCCCCCACCG